CCGGCCAAUCAGCGGCCGCGGGGCGGGCCGGGUGGCUGCGCGGCGCGCACGAAGCCCAGCGCAGCGCGAAGAAGAGGCGCCAGUGCCGUCCCGAAGCAGACCAUGCCGCGCUCCACCUCGCUCUUCCCGCUGCUGCUUCUGCUGCUGCCGCCGCUGGCCUCGGGCCUCGGACUCCGCGCCGCCGGCGGCCGGCGCCCCGAGUGCGGUCCGUGCCGGCCCGAGCACUGUCCGGCGCCCGCGCGCUGCCCCGCGCCCGCGAUUGCGGCGCGCGACGAGUGCGGCUGCUGCGCGCGCUGCCUGGGCGCGGAGGGCGCGAGCUGCGGGGGGCGGGCCGGCGCGCGCUGUGCCCCGGGUUUGGUGUGCGCCAGCCGCGCCGCGGGGGCGGCGCCCGAGGGCACCGGGGUCUGCGUGUGCGCGCAGCGCGGCGCCGUCUGCGGCUCCGACGGCCGCUCCUACCCCAGCGUAUGCGCGCUGCGCCUGCGCGCCCGGUACACGCCCCGCGCGCACCCGGGCCACCUGCACAAGGCGCGCGAUGGCCCCUGCGAAUUUGCCCCCAUGGUUGUCAUUCCACCCCGGAGUGUCCACAACGUCACUGGUGCACAGGUGUACCUGUCCUGUGAGGUGAGGGCUGUGCCCACCCCUGUCAUCACGUGGAGGAAGGUCACACAGUCUCCUGAGGGCACUCAGGUGUUAGAGGACCUUCCUGGGGACCACGUCAAUAUAGCUGUCCAGGUGCGAGGGGGCCCUUCUGACCACGAGGCCACAGCCUGGAUUUUGAUCAACCCUCUGAGAAAGGAAGAUGAGGGAGUGUACCUGUGCCAUUCAGCAAAUGCGGUUGGGGAGGCCGAGUCCCAUGGCACGGUGACAGUUAUGGAUCUGAGUAAAUACAAAGUCCCCCGCUUCCCAGCUCCAGACGACCGCAUGUGAUGGAGCAAUGUACAUGUUCUGAGUCAUUUUCGGGUCUUAGAAACCUGAUGACAAGAUGUUGGAAAAGUCAAGUCAUGGAUCAUUUUUUUUUGUGUGUGUGUGAAGAGUUGGAGAAACUGUUUGUAGAUGACCCCUUUUGUAUGUUUUUACAGAUUAGAUGCAAACUAGAUUCGUAUGCAGAUGUAGUUUUUAGCAGGGCAAGCAUUGGGAAACCAGACUGCAUGUGGCUUUUUUAUACUUUUGAAAUGAACUGCUCCGUAAGAAUUCUUUUUUAACUACUCCCUCCCAGGGAAGGUCACCUGGUGGUAUAUUUGUAAUUCUAAAGGGCUGGAACAAGGCCUGUUUCAGCCUUGUGUCUUUACCUCAUCUGUCUGUGACUGAUUGGCAAAGCUCUGUGACUUAGUGUGUGUUGUAGAAGGAGGGAGAGAGUCCCACCUUCAUCCUCUGCCUGCUCUCUGACUCGCGGUGUGACCUGGAUAGGCCCCUCCCCAUUCUGGACCUUUGUCUCUAGCUGUUUGGACUAGCUGUUACCCAGGUCCCUUGGAGCCCUGCCAUCCCAGAGUAAGAUGGCCCUGUGGAAAAAAUACAGGAAGUAUAGUCUUAGCAUUCGUUUUCAAAACUGCUCAAAACAGCUGCCACCGCUUCAUACCAGAGUGGGUGUGGAGCUGGCCACAGCUCUUCUGUUCCUGCCAUUUUCCCACCUUAAAGAGAUGGAGUUCUAGAUGGGACACUUUACCAGACUCCAGAGCCCCUUGGCUGAGUGCUUGGGGACCAAGGUGUCCCUUUGUCAACAAGCCCAGCAUCCUCUAACCAGGUAAGCAGUAGACACCUGGCUUCUGGACAUCAAACUGAAGAAACGGGGUCAGAUGCUUCUUCCUCUGAGCUGUGCGAUUAGAGUAUUAGUAGAAUACAUUUUACUUAGAGACGUUUUGACCUCACCCAGAAAUUAGGCUUGCUUUCUUUCUGUUCUUUCUUUUCUUUCUUUCUUGUUUCUUUCCUUUUCUUCUUUUCUCUCUUUUUUAAAAAUAUUUUUAAUGUUU